UCUCUCUCUCUCUCUCUCUCUCUCUGAUCCAGAAUUGAAGGCAAUCCAAUAGACAACCUUACCUUGCCCUAAUGCCUCCUCCUCCAUUCCUCAAACAAUCAAACAUCCCCAGAUAACUAGGACGGCGCGCAUGGAGCAGCUGCCUGUUCUUGCCAGUGGCUCAAAGGCCAGCACCACCACGACGCCCUUCUACCUCGCCUUAGAUCACAGAGCCUCCGCAUCGUCUUCGCCACCGGCGGAGGCACCAACUCCACCGCCGCCUGCCGUCUCAGAUCCCCCUGGACAAUCCAACAGCGAGAGGGGAUCGGAAAUAAUCAAAGCGAAGAUCAUGUCGCAUCCUCUCUAUCCGGCUCUCCUGAGAGCCUUCAUAGAUUGCCGAAAGGUUGGAGCGCCGCCGGAGGUUGUUGGUCGGCUUUCGGCCCUCGCCGGUGAGGUCGAGAUGAAUUCAGGCGACGUGCAAGAACAACCGGCUGACCCAGAGCUCGAUCAGUUCAUGGAGAUCUACUGUCACAUGUUGGUAAGGUACAGACAGGAGCUCACAAGACCAAUCCAAGAAGCCGACGAAUUCUUCAGAAGCAUGGAGGCCCAGAUCGACUCAUUUUCGCUAGAUGACAACGGCUACGAAGGGGGUGGUUCCACCGACGACGAUGGGCAAGAAACCGUCGACUUGGUCGGGCUGCCUGUCGCUGAGAUCGGCAGCCCGAGCGGGGAGGACAGGGAGCUGAAGAACCGCCUCCUGAACAAGUACAGCGGCUACCUGAGCAGCCUCUGGAAGGAGCUCUCGAGGAAGAAGAAGAAAGGCAAGCUGCCGAGGGACGCCCGCCAGAAGCUCCUCCACUGGUGGCAGCUGCACUACAGGUGGCCCUACCCGUCGGAGUUGGAGAAGGCGGCGCUGGCGGAGUCGACGGGGCUGGACGCGAAGCAGAUCAACAACUGGUUCAUCAACCAGCGGAAGCGACACUGGAAGCCGGCGCCGCCGGCGAUGGUGCUGGCCACGGACUACAGGCUGCGCCCGUACGGCGGCGGCGCCGGCGCCUCGAGCAGCUCAUCGGCUCUCGCCGCCUUCCGCGCGGAGGGGCAGUACUUCGCCGGCGGGAGCUCGUAUCCCCGUGGCCCCUGACGUCGUCGUCUGCAGCCGCCUGAGCGCGCGAGGUCGAUCGACAUGGAUUGUGUUGCCGUGCAUGCAUAUAUAUACAUACGUGAUUUGGGUAUACAUAAUACAUGGUGUGGACGUGUGGUGUUUUCUCAUACAGAGAAAUUUGAUGGUCUCCUUAUUAAUUACUUGCUCAUAUAUAUACAUAUAUACAUAUAUAUUUGUAAUGUAGCUGAUUAAUGCCAAAGUUAUAAAGUUGUAACUUGAUUGUGUUACUAACAUGAGAUCAG